UGGCGCACCCCGAUCGAGGAGCGGUGAGAACGUUUCUGUGAUUCUAAGUGAUACAAAUCGCGAAUCGCACGUCCAAGAUGGGCCAGUCGGACGAUAUAGAAGACUCGACCUACAGCAGGCAUCAGGAUUUGUGCCAAAAGCUUAAUAUGGACGCGACAGCGGCCUCCGAGGCCUGGAAGUCUUACGAAACUAUCCGACAGAACUACACCCUUGAGGGAGAUCAAUUACAUUGGAUAGGAUGUGCGCUUUAUGUCGCAUGUCGGAAGUCAUCGACGCCAACCGUUGGAAAGACAGGGGCAAACGUAGAGGGCAACUGUGUUUCUUUGACUCGAUUACUCCGACUGUGCAAUCUUUCCUUGAUCCAGUUUUUUUCAAAAAGCAAAUCUUGGGCAGAUAUGGCAAAUAUGCCGCAAGACUUUCGCUCUAAAAUUGAGAAGUUGGAGCGGAACUUUGCUGUUUCUAUGGUGAUCUUCAAGAAAUACCAGCCUAUUUUUACAGACAUUUUUAAAAAUCCAGGAGAAGAUGUCUCACGACCACCAAGAUCCAGAAGGCACAAGGCGAUGCCUUGCACUCCAGCUAGAGUCUUUGAGUUUUGCUGGACCCUUUUUGUCUGUGUAAAGGGUGCCUUUCCAGACAUCUCUGAUGAUCUUGUCAACUCCUACCAUUUAUUAUUGGCAUGCUGCGAUCUCAUAUACAGCAAUGCCGUAUUGGCUAAUAGGAAAGAUCUUCUUAAUGCAAAUUUCUCUGGAUUACCACCUAACUUUAGCGACGAGGACUACAUCCCACCAAAGACUGCAAACUGUAUUGUCGGUUUACUCUGCGAUCGCCAUGAAGCUAUUGCUGUGGAAGCUAAAGUUAUCAAAGAGUAUUCUCUGAAGAAUCACAUAAAUAAAUUAUUCAAUGAGAAGAUUCUGCGUGGGGACCCAUCAAAUUUUUCAGGGAUUCUUGAAGCUUUAAAUUUUGAUGGCAAUAACAAAGCUAUCAAUAAAACCUACGAACAGCACGUCUUGAAUGUCGGUGACUUCGAUGAAAGAAUAUUCCUAGCUGAGUGGAGGCGCGUCAGACUGAAUGCCUUAACAUGCUUGGAAAUAGUUGGAGGAGAUUUCACAUAUUAUGCUUCUGUGCUUCCAAGGAACAAUUUUCAAAAAGGUGCUGAUGCCAGUGACAAUAUUGGUUCACCAACGAAAAUGGUCAAUGUCGGUGACUUGCACGAGCAAUUUCAAUUAAAGAGGGAACAGUACGGAGGACAAAUGCAGCAUUUGGCUCCGCCAACUCCAUUAACGGGCCGCAAGUACCUCAGAACGAAAGAUUUGUCCAAUGUUACGGUGGUAUCGACAGCUACGCAAAGUGUGAUUAGACUUCAAGCACUGCUUGCUGGACGUCAACCAGCACCGAGUGAAAGUUUACUGGAGAUGUUUAAUGGAUGUACCCAGGAUGUUAAGUCACUCGUUGAAGCGAAAGUAAAAGAGAUCGGAGAAAGAUUUUAUGCCAAUUAUACGCAGAACGUGGAAGACAAUGAUUCUUCUACUUUGGACUUUGGCAAGAAACGUCUCUUCUUAGCUCAAACACUUUUCUACAAGCUACUAGAAAUGAUAUUAAUUGAUGAGAAACGAAUAAAACCUAAUUAUGACAUCGUGAAUUUGCUAUCGAACGAAGUAUUCCUGCAGUGUCUGAUGGCAUGUUGUCUGGAAAUAGUGAUCUACUCCUACAAGAACAAAGAUCGCACGUUCCCCUGGAUCUUGAAAACGUUGAACUUAGAGGCCUAUUAUUUCUACAAAGUGAUAGAAGUAAUUGUCCGAGUAGAAGACCAGUUGCCACGAGAUAUAGUAAAACAUUUGAAUCACAGCGAAGAGAAAAUCCUGGAGUCUCUAGCUUGGCAAGGGGAUAGCGUUCUUUGGACUGCAAUUGAAAACACCGAAGGUGGAGUACCCAGCUGCGAAGAGGCCUCUCUACCAGGUACUUUGGACACGGUAGAUCCAAAUACUCCUGGUCAACCAGUCUUGCGAAGAAUAGCUUUGGACCGAGGCAAUCAUCAUGACGUGAUGCAAAGUCCUAUUUCUUCUGCUUCAGAAAGAUUCCAAUCUCCAGUCGUAGCAUCGGGUAUAGCAAAAAAGCGACUCUUCCCCGAGAACCGACUAACGGGAGGCCAAAGUGUCCUUCGGGUUGGGCAGAGCGUCCUAUCUCCAAAAGUUCUAACUUUAGAUCCUUCUUCGAAGAUACUCGUUGCCAUGCCAGAACAAAUAAUUCCAAAGACGACAGCGUCGGCAGUUACUAGCACUCCGGUGCAAUCUUCUUUAGUAAGCCGGGAACCAGCCAAACCUCGCAGGACCGGCUCGGUAGCCCUCUUCUUCAGGAAGUUCUACGCCCUCGGUGGCAUUCGUAUGCAAGCUCUUUGCACUUCUCUCGAGAUCACCGACGUCGACCUGAAGAAGAAAAUCUGGACGAUUUUCGAGUACUCGAUCAAGGAGCGCACCGACCUCAUGAAGGAUCGCCAUCUCGACCAGAUCCUGAUGUGCGCCGUUUACGUGAUCUGCAAGCUGGCCAAAAUGGAGAAGCACUCCUUCACGGAGAUCAUGCGCUGCUAUCGGCUUCAGCCUCAGGCUGAAUCUCAUAUCUACAGGUCUGUGUUAAUCACGAGAGGUCAGCGAAACGAAGCCAACGGCAACUACGAGGACGUCGAGGCUGGAAAUUAUGCCGAGUCCUUCGAAGGUCGUGGGAAAAACGUAGCUCCGCUGACACCUACCAACAUGGCGGGGACCUCGCAGAAUUUCGGCACCAUGACGCGAGGGGAUCUCAUAAAGUUCUACAACACGGUAUACGUACCUCAGGUCAAAGAGGUGGCAAACAGACUCGGCUGGUCUCGCGGAGGGGUAGCCAAUUUGACGCUUAGUCCGUUGCCAAGAAGCAAGCCUGCAACCAAUUCGCCGGUCAGGCGAGUGACCAGCAGCGUGAUGACCCGGGCCUUGGACCCGAAGGCGUUCACUGCCUCGCCGGCACCUCAGCUUAGUUAUUGUUUCAGUCGCAGUCCUGCCAAGGACCUAGAAGCCAUCAACAAGAUGAUGAUCUCCGUAGACGCCCGGAAAUCCGUUGGCAAGCGUUUACUGUCGGACGACACCGACGUGGAGAUGUCAUCCGAGGAGCAGUCCCCCGCUAAGAAGACGGUCACGACCUUCGUCGCCAGGAAGCUGGAGAACAUUAUGGGGGAACGUCGUACUCAGAAUCAGUAGCUUCUUUCCAGGGUUCGUCAGAUCCUGAAGUCUUUCGUCUCUCGCGACCGAUUGUGAAUAAGGGUCGGAAUUUGGCCCUUCAUUCGUUCAGCGCGUCGUCCAUCGAGGACGAGUACCAACGGCCAGAUAGCUCGGUACCGACGACGAGUCCAGUGACUGAUAGUAACUGGCAUUUAUGAGGUAUCUCAAGGACGAAUCGUCGGCAGGGUACAGUCGGUAACAUCGAUCAUUCUCUAAAAUUAGGCAUGACUUUUUAACGCGUCAACCACUCGAGGGAAGUUUCUACGACUGAUUUCUUCUUCUCCCUCGAGGAUAGGAGUUCCUUCGAGUCGAAGGACGUCGGGAAGUUUGUCAUCAGCCAUUUUUGUAGGAACGUCCGAGUGUGAAUGACUUGAAAGCAAUCGGGUAAUCGAAAUAUUUUUCUGAUGCACAGCUCUGGGACAACUCGCCGUUUCUAUACCACUGGAACCUUUUUUUUUUUUCUCUUCUCUUUACAACUUCGAACCCUAAAGAUGCUUCCCUUAUGCUUGGACUGCUCCAAGGUGCACCAAAAAGACUGCUUUGUAGCGAGGGGAACGUUGAAGAACGAAUGGGAGCCGAGAAGGCGGUACGCGACGCAGGUCGAUCUGGUUUUUUUUUCUCCGGUCAGUUUUAAUCCACGGAAAAUCAAAUUUUGUAUUUAGGAUUAGGCUGUACUACCGACUAUUUCAAAUCAAUUUUACAACCGAGCAGGCUGCGUGUGCUAAUCGUAUCACGAGGAGGUACAUUGUUUGGAUUAAUUCUCGUUAAUUUUUAUGAAUUUCACGUGAACGAUGCCGGUAGCAUAACUUGCGACCAACUGCCGCUCCAGAGUUGGCACGUCAGGUGCGAGUCUCCUCGGCGAGCUCUCGCCGCUAACAAUAUAUCCAAGAGAGUCCUUUUGAUUUUUCUUUCUUUUAUUUUUUUUAAUUUCUAUUUUUUUUUUUCCUUUUAAUCGUAAAGAGUCAUAAGGACGCGUGGACAUCGAUCUUCCAUCGGUCGGUGUCCUUCCUAGCAGGUCUAGAUCUCUUGCGAGCAAUUACGUCGAGGUCAUUUUGUGCGAGACAAUUGUGGGGCGUACUGGAAAUGAGAUUUCAUACUUUUUAUCGGUGUCAAUAGGUUAAAAAAAUCCGGGGAAUCACAAAUGCGUCGUACCGCGUUGCCAAUUGGAGAGGAAUCAUUGAUUCGCGAUAGUCAAUAUCGAUCGUUAACGCCCAAAAAUCGGAGAAAUCUCGCAUAAGGUGGCUCUAGACGUCGAGAAGAAAGGCGGUUGCGAUUCGGGUGAUAUAUUUGUUAAUUUACAUUAAUAUUAUAUACAUAGAUAUAUAUAUUAUAUAUAUAGAUUUUUUUUUUUUUCGUAGGACGUAAGUCGUCACGUCGAGCGAUCGGAUCGAUUUCGGGCUCGCUGGAGGAUGAUCAUAGGUGUGGGCUCGAUGGGUUUUCGCGAAAGCGUUUUUAAAGCAUCCUCGAAUUUCGGUUUUCCGAUUUCGAGCUCGCCUUAAAGGUUCGGAUAACUCUAAACGCCUGAGAUUUCGUUUGGAGCUAACGUCGUCGUCUGUAAUCGAUUGUGCCCUACGCGGAGAGGGACGUCUCAAGUUUGACCAUUUUUCAUCAAGACCUAAGCUUGAGCGGUUCCAAAUUUUACUUUACAUAACCGUUUGAUCUCAUUGUUCUGCCGUUUUUGGUUUUCUUUCUUUCUUUUUUUUUCUUUUUUUUUAUAUACAUAUAUAUUACGAAACCACGCGUUUAUGAUUCAAGGUAAUCGGUCGUUGAUCGGAACGGAAUAACGGCAGAGGAUAACGAGAAAAGAAGAGGGGGAAAAAAAAAUAAUGAAGCAGGGAAUGAAAUUAGCUUAUACGAAGCUUAGACGUUAGGGGCCCGAUCGUGCGGCAAUACUUUCUUCAAUCGGAGGAAGACUCGCUUUCUCUCCACGCGUUUAUCUCUCCUCCUCGGUAGGAUAAUCUUUGCAAUUCCUGCGAGCCGGCCUGACACGGCAGUGUAGAGAGAAUUUUUAUCAGGAUACAAUGAAUUAUUAUUAGUUUGUACAUAGUAUUAUUACCUGAGAAUAAAUUAGGAAAAUAAAUGUUGU